AUGGCUGAGCGUUAACUAUUUGCUUCAUUUUUUAGAACUUUACUUGAUAAAAACGCAGUCAUUACUGUAGAGUUAAAGAAUGAUGUGAAGAUUAAAGGAAAAAUUACAUAUGUAGAUGGAAAUAUGAAUUUCAAUUUAGUUGAUAUUCAAGAUUAAGAAACUGUUUAACUUGCAAAUUUUAAAAACUGCUUUAUAAGAGGAUCUUCUGUUAGAUAUGUUCAUUUAGAAAAAGAAGAUAUUGACGUAGAAUUAAUAUAAGAAGCAUGUCUUAAAGAGUUUAAAGAGAAGCAAUAAUGA